AUGACACUUAAGCAACAACGCAGAAAAUCACUUGAAAAAAGCACUGAAUUGCUCAAGAUCGAUCAACUCACGCUAAGAUCAGACGACGAUGAACUUUUUAUUUUCAUGUCAAAAUUACCCGGUAGACGAAUUCGUAGUGAUAUUCGAAACCUUUCAACCGAUUUGAAUCAAAUUCAAGUUGACACAAUGAUUACUUUGAAUGAAGAUAAAGAAUUGUCGUUUAUGAAUUUUACAAAUAAUGAUGAAUAUGAUGAUACUUUUGAUAUGACCAUUUAUUCGAGUCGAAUCAAACAAGCUAAUAUCGAACAUAUUCUCUAUCCGAUUCGUGAUCGUUUUGUACCGACCUCGAUCCGCGACUAUAUGCAGAUGCUCAUUCUUAUUUUGUCGAAUAAUACUGAUUACCAUCAGCGACGUCGAAUUCUUGUUCAUUGUAUGGGUGGCAUGGGUCGAACGGGGAUGACUGUUGUUUGUCUUGAACUCGUUUAUGAAUAUUUGAUGAGUCACAAGCAACAACAACAACCUCAAUCAUUUAUCGAACGAUUUGUACAUUACCCAUUGCUGUUGAAAAAUCAUUGCCGAGUGUGUCGAGCCAUUCUAAACGUACGAACAGCUCGCCGAGGCACCAUUCAUAAUCCCCUACAAAUUUUGUUUGCGCACGAGUUCUAUGCUCGACUAAAAUGUUCUUCAUACAUGCGACAAAUGAAAAAAUAA